AAAGCGCGGCCGCCCGCCCGCCGGCCGGAGUGUGGGCUCUCGGGGAUUUGUGUUAGAGUCCAGCGUUAACGGGGUGGCUGGGGCCGGACAGGCAGGCACGCGGCCUCAGAAGCCCUCGCGGUGCUCACCCUUUCCGGGACAGGGAGCCGGCGGCUCAUUUAUCGCGGUAUUUUCCUCUUUCUCUGCCUCCCCCAUCCGGCUUUUGCGCGAAGUCUCGCGAGAGAAAACCCGGGCAAGAUGGCCGCGCCCUGGCUUUGCGCGAAGUCUCGCGAGAGAAAGACUGGGCAAGAUGGCCGCGCCCCGGUUCCGGCUCUGAAACCGAGGCGCCGACGUUAGUGGCGGCGUUAAGGAUUCCCGUGCGGCGUGCAGACGAGCGCUAGCUCGCCUCCUACCCCCGCGGCGCCGGGGCCGGGAGACGGCUCGGUCCCCGCGGGCGAUGCGCGAGCGGCGGGCUCGGGGGCGCCCCGGGAGUUGAUGCCGCGCCUCAGGCUCCCGCCCGCCGCCGCGCCCGCCGCCGCCUCGCGCCGCCGCCGCCGCCGCCGCCGCCGCAGCACCCGCGCCGGGGCUCGUCCGCGCCUCUGGCGGCGGCGGCGAUGACCGGGGAGAAGAUCCGCUCCCUGCGGAGGGACCACAAGCCUAGCAAGGAGGAGGGCGACCUGCUGGGGUCGGGCGACGACGAGGCGGCGGCGGCGGCGCUGGGCGGCGGCUUCACCGGCGGCCGCGGCGGCAAGGGCGGCAGAGCCUGUCCGAAGGGCUUUGGCCACCACCCGCACCCGCACCCGCACCGGCUGCAGCUCAGGGCGCCGCCGGGCCCCGCCGCCUCGGCCUCGGCCGCCGCCGCCAGCCCCGCGGCCCUGCUCGCCGACGGCGGCGGCGCCCGGCCUGCGCUCUUCCCGGUGCACGAGUGCGUGUUCAAGGGCGACGUGCGCCGGCUGUCCGCGCUUAUCCGCACGCACAACAUCGGCCAGAAGGACAGCCACGGAAACACUCCUUUACAUCUUGCUGUGAUGUUAGGAAAUAAAGAAUGUGCCCAUCUGCUUCUGGCUCACAAUGCUCCAGUAAAGGUGAAAAAUGCUCAGGGAUGGAGCCCACUGGCGGAAGCCAUCAGCUAUGGAGAUAGACAAAUGAUUACAGCUCUUUUAAGGAAACUUAAGCAGCAAUCCAGGGAAAGUGUUGAAGAAAAGCGACCUCGAUUAUUGAAAGCCCUGAAAGAGCUAGGUGACUUCUAUCUAGAACUUCACUGGGAUUUUCAAAGCUGGGUGCCUUUACUCUCCCGAAUCCUGCCUUCUGAUGCAUGUAAGAUCUAUAAGCAAGGUAUCAAUAUCAGACUUGACACUACUCUCAUAGACUUCACUGACAUGAAGUGCCAACGAGGAGAUUUAAGCUUCAUUUUCAAUGGGGAUGCGGCACCCUCUGAAUCCUUUGUAGUGCUAGACAAUGAACAGAAAGUUUAUCAGAGGAUACACCAUGAGGAAUCGGAGAUGGAAACAGAAGAAGAAGUUGACAUUUUAAUGAGUAGUGAUAUAUACUCUGCAACGUUAUCGACCAAAUCCAUUUCUUUCACACGUGCUCAAACAGGAUGGCUUUUCCGGGAGGAUAAAACAGAAAGAGUAGGAAAUUUUUUGGCUCACUUCUACCUAGUGAAUGGACUUGUUUUAGAAUCAAGAAAAAGGAGAGAACAUCUCAGUGAAGAAGAUAUUCUUCGAAAUAAGGCUAUUAUGGAGAGUUUGAGCAAAGGUGGAAAGUUAAUGGAGCAGAAUUUUGAGCCAAUUCGAAGACAGUCCCUUAUACCUCCUCCUCAGAACACUAUCACUUGGGAAGAAUAUAUAUCUGCUGAAAAUGGAAAGCUCACCACCUGCCGUCAUCCCUUGGUUUUAGUUUAUGCCUCAUUAGCUCCUCACCUGGGUAGAGAACUGGUGUACAAGGAGAGUAAGAAAACCUUUAAAGCCACCAUAGCCAUGAGCCAGGAAUUUCCCUUGGGAAUUGAGUUAUUAUUGAAUGUUUUGGAAGUAAUAGCGCCAUUCAAGCACUUUAACAAGCUCAGAGAAUUUGUUCAGAUGAAGCUUCCUCCAGGUUUUCCUGUAAAACUCGACAUACCCGUGUUUCCUACGAUCACAGCCACUGUGACUUUUCAGGAAUUCCGUUAUGAUGAAUUUGAUGGCUCCAUCUUUACUAUCCCUGAGGACUACAAAGAAGACCCCAGCCGCUUUCCUGACCUUUAGCUCACAUGGGAAACGAUGCCACAAGAUGAGGAGGAAGUCAAGGAAUCCAGACAGGCAGAACCAAGACUUCAGUGGAGAAAAGGGAAUCACACAUUGAAUUGACACAGCAGAUACAAACAAAGAAGGGUCUCCACUAAGAAUUCUAGCCAGUUUCCUGAUGUGCCAUUGUCAGUCUCUUAAAAAACAGAUACCUAAGUGUUAUAGUUUGACACCUUAAUGACCCCAAGUCCUUCCUGCGUAAAACAGCAGAGUGCUGUGAUUCGUUUUUAAAGAUUUUUACACUUAUUGUUGAAAAUAUAUAUGCAUAUAAAUAUAUCUAUAUUCUAUCUAUAUCUAAAACACUCCUGGACCAUUAACAUAAAUUAAAUGUCUUAAGAUAUAAAGCCCUUUUAAACUUGUCAUCUUAUAUUCAAGGUGACAUUUAUAAAUAUUCUUUAAGCUUUGUUUUCAUAAAAUGUAAAUUAUGUAACAUGUAUAUUUCAGUAAUCUGAAUGUCUGUUCAAUAUAAUGAACGAGAAGGAAUGCAGUUUUCUGUAGACAAAUGAACCCAAUGGUCCCAUUUAACAGUUGCAUUUCUGUGUUGCAAUACAUUUCAGAGAGAGCGCUCACUGCAGGGAACAAGGUUACCUCCUGUAGCGCCUUAGUGCGACUCAUUGUGGUGCUAGUUCUUUUACCUGGGUUCUUUCUUCAAUGGGAAAAUGUUUGUUACUAAUCUUCCUUUCAUAGAACCUCUUUUUUUUUUUUUUUCCUAAACUUGAGUUAAAAAAGACUUCUUUUUGGUGUGUGUCUUCAGGAUAAGUACAGCCAGCAUGCACAGAGCUAUUCCUCACCUAAGUCUCAGCACUUUAAAGAAAUCCCCACAUUUUUAACUCGCUUCCUAAUAAGUGCAUAUCAUUCUGAUAAUUUUGUUUUUAGUGGAUUAUAGAUGGCACUGGUGUCAGUUUAAAAAAAAACACACAUUUUUUAAGUCAUUUAUUUUCCUCUCCAAAGUGUUAAAAUCAUGCAUUACUCAUUUUCUACAGUUAAAAUGCUCAUAUUUUAUUUAUUCCAAAAUGGUUUGAAGGUCCAAGAAAAGAAAAUUAGGAAUAAUAACACUUAACCAUCAUAAACGUUAAUGUCUUUUAAAGAACUUAGCUAUAUAAUGUUUCCUGAGAAAUGUGUCAGAAUGAAUCUGUCAAUUUUUUUUUUAAGCGUGACCAGUGGUGUAAAUGUUUUCCAGGAUUUUAAAUGAAUUUAGACCUUUAUUGAAGAGAUGAUUUAUUAAAGAUCCAAAGCUUCCCCCAUAAGAAGACUUUUAUAGUGACUAUAUUGGAAGCCCCAUCUUCCACGGGAUACAUACCCUACUGCAUAUGCUGACAUUUUCCUAAAUACAUUUUAUAAGAAGAAAUCAUAGUAGCAAAAACUUCAGAGACAACUACUACCUUCUGUGGGUCUGUUUGUUAAAUUUCAUGGAGAGGUGGAGUGAACCCUGCCUAGGCUCAUGGAGUGGGAGUUGAUCCCUAUUAUUUGGGACAGCUUGUCGAUCAGGUGGCUUAGAUACCGAAUCAUCCUUUAGUGACUGUGUGAAGUUUGAAGACUGAGAGGCAGCUGACCACUGCCCUUCUGGCUCCCUUACCUUCUUGGAUUAAGAUAAGCCUUUGGGGCUGUACUAGAGUGGGGGAAGAUGGGGGAGGGACCGCAGCUAUCCUGGUGUAUUGGCAGCUUGGAGUUGGUCCAUUUCCUUCAAACUGUGAAUAUCUUGCUGGGGGUACACUGGAGGUAAGGAGACUACUGAAAACUUUUGCACUUGGAUUUUGUUUUUAAUUUUUUUUAAUAUAGAGUAAUAAUUAUCCAUUCCAAAAUGUCUUUUAUCUGAUCACAGAGGACAAGCAAAUGUUUCUCUAAUGGUGAUGAAAACAAGGAGUGAAUAAACUUUUCACA